CGUUCCGAUCUGGCUGAGCCGAAACCAUUCCCCACCCGCACCCAAACCCAACCAACGGCCACCAUGGCAGCACCGCCGCCGCCGCCGCCGGCGCUCCCGGACGACGUCGUCGUCGAAGAGAUCCUCCUCCGCCUCCCGCCCGACGACCCAGGUUGUCUCUUCCGCGCCUCCCUCGUCUGCAAGGCCUGGAGGAACGCCGUCUCCCAUCCCCGCUUCCGCCGCCGCUACAUCGGGCUCCACCGCCACCGGGCACCCCCCGUGCUCGGCUUCCUCCACGACUGGGAAGACGGGGGCAUCCCAGACUUCUUCCCCACCACCGCCUCGCCCUUCUCCCUCGCCGCUCCAGACCGCCGGUUCUGGCGCCCCGUCGACUGCCGCCAUGGCCGCGCCCUCUUCCUCUCCGACCGCCGCCUGGAAACUCAGGAACUCCUCUUGUGGGAGCCAAUCACGGGCGCCCGUCGGGGCAUACCGGUGCCCGCGGCGUUCAGGUGCCAGUGGCCGGCCGCGGCAGUGUUCUGCACAGCGGACUGGUGCGACCACCGCGACUGUGCGGGAGGUCCCUUCGGCGUGGUCUUCCUCUUCGCCGUCGAACAAGACCGGCACGUUGUCACAUCGGCGUGCUUGUACUCGUCGGAGACUGGCACAUGGGGCAAGCUGAACUCGAGGCAAGAUGAGUUCACCAUGGAAUUUCAGAACCAUUCCAGCGUGCUGGUUGGGAGGUCUCUGCUCUACUUCCUGUCCGACGGUGGGACGAUCCUGGAGUACAAUUUGGACAGUGGUGUACUGGCUGUGUUGGAUAGACCACCUGACGAUUACGGCAGGGGCCGCCAAAGAUUUAACCUCGUGCUGGCGGAGGAUGGUGGACUGGGGGUUGCCGAAGCCAUUGAUUUUCAGCUCAUAUUGUGGAAAAGGGAGGCGAGUGAUGGCACUGAUGCACGAUGGGUGCUGAGCCGGAUCGUCGACAUGGACAGUUUCUUCGUCACACUUUCUCCAGUGUUGGGCUUUGCGGAGGGAGCAAAUGCUAUUUUUGUGAAAACUAUUUGUAGCCUCUUCAUGGUUGAGCUACAGUCGGAGCAGGCGAAAAUUGUGUGCUCUAGUCCUGGCUUCUGUAAUUUGAUUCCAGUUGUCGGCUUCUACACUCCACAUUCUAGGCUCCAAGUGCCCGGUGGUGAACACCACAGCCCAGCGCCGUGGCUGAAACGACUGGGAAGGGGUGGUCAGCAAGGGGUCUCGGAGGAGAAAUCACUAGAAUGGGCGCAGGUGCUGUUUGAUGAGGGGUGCAUGGCUAUCAAUGAGAAGGACUUGGCCUACACGGCUGACUGCUUCAGACAUGUUCUCGAGAUCAGGGUUCGACAUUAUGGAGGCCUUGCUCCUGAGUGUGCUAACACGUUUUACCAUUAUGGAGGUGCCUUGUUAUGCAAAGCUCGGGAGGCAGCUAUCGUUCAGGUAAUUUGUUGUUGGUUAGGGACAAACUUGCGUGGCAAAGGUCAGACGGAUGGGAACAUGACAGGCGAUGGAGAUGAUUCUGAUUUGGAUUUGGCCUGGAAAAUGUUGAAUACUGCAAGGGUGAUAGUUGCCAAGAGUCCAGAGAAGACAAUGGAGAAGGUUAAUAUAUUGAAUGCUCUAGCUGAAAUCUCCAUGACAAGAGAGGACAGAGACAAAUCAAUCGGUUACUACUUCGAAGCUUUAGCGAUCUUGGAACAUUUGGUUGGGCCUGACCAUUUUCGAAUUGUCGAUCUAAACCUCCGCAUAGGUUUGGCAUCCAAGGUUGGAGAUGCAAUCAGAUAUAGUACAAAGGCUAUUUCAUUAUGCAUGUCGCAUAUACAUAAUCUGGAAAUUGCCAAGGAAGCUUUGUUGGCUGAUAUACAUAAUCUGAAAAUUGCCAAGGAAACUUUGUUGGCUGAUAUACAUAAUCUGAAAAUUGCCAAGGAAGCUUUGUUGGCUGAUAAAGACCUUAGAGCAUCUGCUGCUAAAGGACACUCAGGAAAGUCGACUCUGGAAGAUGAUAUAUCUUACCUUGCUAGAAUGUCGUCUCGAGUCCAGAAGAAGCGUGAAGAACUGAAGCAAGCAAUGUCAACCCCAAGCGACGGCAUGGAUAAUAUUAUGAAGAGGGUGGUCUCACAGGCAAGUCAUGAGCAGAAUCUUAAGAAUACUAUGGCAAGAACUGCAUCUUUGACUUGUUCACAGAUGACACGAUCAAACAACAGUUUCCAUUCCCCAACUAUGUCAACGGCAGCACCAAGAGGAAGCACUGGAAGUAGCGUAACCGACUUUGAGAUUGUUGGCAGAGACAUGAAACGAGCUAAAGAUGAGUCGAUCUCCUACGAACCUUCUCCAAAGAGACUUGCGAAACCAUUUUGGGCGUUACUGUAGUAGUACUUCUUAAGCAAAACUCAUACUCCCUCCGUCCCAAAAUUCUUGUCUUAGAUUUGUCUAAAUACGGAUGUAUCAAGUCAAGUUUUAGUAUUAGAUACAUCUAUAUCUAGACAAAUCUUAAGACAAGAAUUUUGGGACGGAGGGAGUAUUAAUUUAUUAUAUUUUGCCUGCCUUGAUUGAUCAGCUAGUAGUACUUCUUAGAUGUAGUUUUUGCAAGUCAGUGAUCAUUUAAGAAACAUUUAUUGUCUAGGUGUUGCAUCAGUUGCAAUGAAACAUUUGAAUUUUCUACUGUUUGAAGAAUGUUCUAUUCUUGCUAAUUCUGAGAGGCAGGCUAGUAGUGAUGAUUAAUAUAUUUUUUUCUUUGCGAAUGGAAGUUAAACAAUUAGUUAUCAGAAAACUAGAAUGUUGCAAAUACUAGAUGCAUUUGCAGAUUACACAUUACAUUGUUGCAAGCGAGCUCAGAUCUCUAACAUUAACUGGCAGACUGAGCAAACAAAUGUACUAGAGGCCGGAGAAGAUGGCGGCCAAGGAUGUAGGUGAGGGCCACAGCAUCCUACUGCACAUCCGGAUCAUCUCUCAGGUGAGAAGUCUGGACAAGGCAAGCCGUAGAUGGGCUCGUCGGCGACCGGCUCCUCAGGCUCUGGGUCUGGCUGCGUUCCCUCCUCCAUCCGGUGGUGUUUGUCGUUCCCCUCCGCGGUGAUGCUCUGCGCGAACCCGGUGGCUUCCUCCGGCACAACCACUUGAUAUAAGCCUCUUUUGGAGAAGCUUCAGCAUUCAGCGGAGGCCUGACAUUACCCCAUCUGAAGCCUUUUCCUACAACCCCAAGAUUAUUUACACUACUUCUAGGCUUCUGUUGUUGCCAUUUGAGUUGCCCCCUAACCAACGACUAUGUCAGUGUUCUUGUUAAAUGAAUCGGUCUAUUUUCAUGAUCAUGCUAUAAUGAUUAUUUUUCCGUAAUUUAUGUAUGACAGGGUUGCUGCUCU